AUUCGACCUAAAUAUACUGCUGCUUUUAGACUUAAGAAUUUCAAUUAUACAUGAUAACAAGGUUACUUAACGUUUAUUGAACUAACCUUAUUGGUUAGUUUCAAUUAAAAUUAAGCAAUAUUAUGAUAUUAAAUUAAAAUUACCCUAACAUUUGUUGGAGGUUGUUAAUAAAUCACAACCUCAAAAAUUACAAACAAAAAAUACCUAACUGUCAAAAUAUAAAUUCAAAAAGUGUCAAAUAAUCAAUUUCAAAGCGUACACAAAUCACUAAGUUACGUAAAAAUAUUUAUUACCAAAGCCGGUUUUCAAAUAAUUCAAGAUGAAGAUUCCAUACUUAGUGAAUUUGAAUACGCGUCAGGCGUACGAAUCAACGCUGACUAUUAAAAACUCUCCAGCUGAAGCCCCUCGUAAAAUCGUUGCUGAAGACUUUGAAUGGGAUGAUGAUAUCACUCCACCCCCACUUACAUACUGCACUGCCCUCGUCCUAUCCAAAAUGUUCCAUAAAGUGAACCCACUCGAGAGAAUAUUGCAGAAAGACAUCGAUAUAUUAAUGGACUUAUACCCUGCCGAUAUUCCGUUGAGGUGUAGCGUUCCUCACAUCAAGGAUGAACAAUACUGGAAAAGAUCUUUCUAUUCGAAAUUUCCCUCUAGAAAAGAGUUGGGACAAAUUUUCUGGAAAGGAAAGUUCUUGUCAGCGUGCCUUCAGGAUUACUUGGAGUCGGUUAAUCCCGAUGUUUUUAGAGAAGAGGAAGCUGUGGAACUCGCAGUUUUGGUGAGCCCAUACAUCUACUUUUUCGGGCUAAAUCAACUGCAGAUAGUUCGUCAACCGAAACCACCUUUACCUUCUGAUAUAGUAGAGGACACUUGCGAAUACAGUGUUCCUAAAGUUUAUGACCAUAUACCUUUGGAACCGGUACUAGUCAAGUUAUACAACCUUCAAGAAAUAUCUCUAGUAUUCGGUAUCAACGAUCUUAAAGAUAAUUAUCAAACAAGGUUCUUUGAAUUCUCGAUGGCUGAUUGUGAGUCAAUUUGCCGAGGUCUUGAAGAUUUGAGGCAUUUGAAGAUAUUUCGCAUAAAUCGCAGCAACUUAGAUUGUUCCAAGGUGAAACUUAUUCUUCAAAACCUUGUCAAGAAGGAAAGCAUUGAGGAAUUAGAUUUUAAUCAUUGUAAGAUCGGUGAUUAUGGGAUGAAGGCACUCGGUGGUUUUAUUUUCAUUCACAAGAAUGUUAAAGUUGUUAGGAUUGCUAACAAUAGGUUCAAGGAAGUUGGGGUUCAGGGGAUAGCAUACGCUUUGCAGAUGAAGCCUGCUGCCCCCAUCGAACUACUAGAUUUCAGCUUGAACCCGAUGUCUUUAGAGUGUGCGACCAUGUUUGCUGCUGCCUUUGUCAGGUGCAAGGAAAAACCUCAAACUUUGAUCGUUAAUUCUUGCGGUUUCAGCGGGGCGUCUGCCGAGAAGAUGGCUGGUCUACUCAGUUUAAAUCGAGGUCUGACAAGAUUGGAUAUAGCGGCCAAUGAUUUAUCUGGAGAAGCAGAGAAGACACUGAUACGUGCACUGCAGAGCAAUAAAAAAGUCCUUAGGGUUGAUUUACGUCGAACUAAGAUCUCUGACGAAACCCAAGCCAUCGUGAAUGAUCUGCUCCAUCGCAACAAAGGCUUGAUAGGCCAAGAGACGGAACCAUCGGAGGAGAUACCUCCACUGUUCCUGAAUGAACCGGAAUACCUUAUCUGGGAGUACAAUCCCAACAACCCUGAUUAUAUCCCUGGGAGAUACCCUCCAAGAGUUCCAGAAGUUUGACGAAUCAGGUUUUACUGGAAUCACCCUACAGUCAUUUGUUUUUUAUAGUGUUAUGUUGUACCAUAUAGUCAUUUAGAUUAAAGAAGA